UAAACUCUUAAUUGAUAAGAUGUUGUUUUCUAUUUUUAUGAAGGUUAUAGCUUUUAUCUAACCAUUCUAAUUUGUCCAUUUUAAUGAAAUAUAUAGAUUUUUCAGCAGAACUGGACUUAGAAAUGUCAACAGAAAAAGAGGAAGAAAGUCUUAAUGAAAGUGAAAAUAAACACCUGCAGAUUGAAGAAACGGAGAAGCACCAAAAUGAUGAAAUGGCAGUAUUGGAAAGCGUAUAUGCUUCUGCUGCUGCUGGACUAAUGCAUCCAAUAGGGAGUGGAAAAACUGAUAACAACCUAUGUCCUAUUACGGAAAAUGAAGAAUCUGAUGGUGAUCCUGCUUUGGAUAUAAAGGAAGUAAGGACAGAGGAUAAAGAAAAACAAACAUCAAAAGAAUCUGUGAUUACAUCAAGGUUUGAGAAAGCCCCUUCUCUAAUUUCUCAUCCUCUGCAAAUGAAUGAUGACAGCCCUUCAAGUGGAAUGGAUCAGGAUGAAGGAAGAUCUGCAAAGAAAACAUCUAGUGACGAGGAAGAGGUCAAAAAGCAAAUUGAUUCUAUGGAUGACUUUGAUGACUUAACUCCAUCAUCUGAAACAAUUUCGGAGGGUUUCCACGUGCCUUGCUGUAAUUAUAUGACUUGCAUGUCGCUAAUUGAACAACAUGUCAUGGAUUGUAAAGAUUCUGUCAGUUUAUUGAAAAUCCAGAAUGCGGUUCUUUCAUAUGGAAGAUUAAUAGAACUUAAAGAAUAUCACUGUGGACAACUUAAAAGAAAAAAUAAAAAAAUGGAAAAUAAGGCUAAGGGACUACAAAAGGAGCUAUCAGAAACAAAAAAAAUGCUAUCUAAGUUGGAGCUUCAAAAAGUAGAAUGGGAGCAAGAACUCUGCAGUUUGAGAUUUACUUUAAAACAAGAGAGAGAAAACAGAGGAAAUGAUGAAAUGUUAUAUGAAAAGAUUCAGGAGCAACUAACAAGAAGAGAAGAGCAGUAUAAGAAAGAAGUUGAAAUGAAACAAGAACUUGAAUUUAAUCUUAGAGCACUAGAUAUGGAAUUGAAGACUGUAAGAAAUAAUUUCAAUCAGGGAGCUGUGAGACAACUUCAAGAAGAACUGGCCGAUACCCGAAAAAAACUAUCUGUGUCAGAGGCUUCACUGGAGGGGACAUCACGUUGUCGUAUGAAUUUAGAAGAUGAGGUAAAAGACUUAAAGGAAAAACUGGCUCAGAGUAGGAAUCAGGUAUGUAUGCAAUGUAACAUGUCAAGUUAAUCUGUAGUUGGUUAAAUAAUAUGAAGUGUUUUAGGAUGCUUAUUUCCAUGGACCACUUCCUUCUGUAUUUUCAUUAUAAUUAAUUUAGUAUAAUUUUAGUAUCUUCACAAUGUACUUAUUUCUUAAACUUUGACUUUCAUUCUGUUAUUUGUGUUAUACAUUUUUUUCUUAUAGUAGUUACCCUCAGGAAAGUUGAAACUUACACAUCAUUCCUCACAGAAAUUGGGACUUUUUUCCUACUAAAUAAUUUUUUAAAAAGACUUAUUUAUUUAUUUGUGGUGGGGGCAGUCGGAGAGGCAG